AUGUUGCUUGGGUCGCGGAAUCCCGACAUCUACUACGUCAAUCCCGAGAAGGAACUCAAUGCUGGAAUCUGGGCGCUCUAUGCCGGUGCCACUGCCUUUCUCGCUUUGAGAGUAUGGACAAAGAUAUUCCGUCGGCAUGGUCUUUGGUAUGAUGAUUACAUUCUGUUGGUGUCUUGGGCCAUACUGACCGCCAACGACAUCAUGAUAUCGGUCGAGUAUGCGACAGGAUAUGUUACUCACACAUGGGAUGACCGCAUGCAUAUCCUGAUCAACAUCACCUCUUGUGGAACUCUACUUGGACAGAGCCUUACGAAGACGGCGUUCGCUGUGACACUUCUCAAGCUGACCAGGGGCUUCGCGCAUUGGAAGACUUGCCAUAUAGUGCUGUGGUUCUGUAUUAUCAGCAUGUGUUCUUUCAACCUUGUCAAGGUGUUCAUCCAGUGGGCAAAGGUGUGUGAUGAUCACAGCUACGAUGAUUGGUAUCGUCUCGACUUUUGCAUGUACAAAGCGCCUCGCAACAAGUUUAAGGAGGCAGGGAAUUACUACAACAUGGUCAUGGACUUUGUCUUUGCUGCGUUUCCGUGGGCAAUCACUUACAAUCUCGACAUGAAAAGGAAGGAGAAGAUAGGCCUUUGCGUGACCUUGAGCUUGGGCAUGAUUGUUGCAAUCACAACUGCCAUCCGCACAGAGUGGAAGUUUGAUGGGAAUGGGAAGGAUGAAUGGUACUUCUGGCGCAAUGCGAUGUCAAACAUCUGGUACUCGUCAGAGAUUACUGGGACGAUCAUGGUGCAAUGUAUACCUGUGUUGCGGCCGCUCGUACAAGAGAUACACACUUCUUUACGGUCGAAAAGGCUGGGGUCCACGAUUGAUGAGGUGGCUUUGGAAAAUGUUGAGCCACGGUAUCACGCUGUAUAA